GGGCCGGGCUGUGGCCACUCAGGCUCCCGGUCACCGCCCCUUCCUCCUCCGGCCGCUUUUCAAAAUCCGCUCCACACCAGAGGAGGAUGUCACAGCCUCGGACACAAAGCACACACACCAGCCCCGGCGGAGACGACACGUUCUCCGGACAACCUAACGAGCCUCCGCAAGCGACCACCACCACCACCGGCGACUUCCCAUCUCUCCGCGGGGAGGAGAGGCCGAGUUCACGCGGGAGGAGGCUCCGAGAGACGCGGGUGUAAAAGGAAGAAAAAAAAAAAGUUUGUUCCGUGGCCGCGUUUUCUCGGCAGAUUUCCGCUGGAAAAAAGGAGCCGAGAGUCGCCCCGGGUCCGGAGACUUUGGGCAGGGUGCUGUCCUGUGGGAUGGAUGACGGCCAAGAGCAGGACCAGUACGAGGAGCAGCUAAAAGAACUUUUCAACAGUUUCGACACCAGCGGCUGCGGCUCCCUGUCCCCAGAGGAGCUCUCUGACCUCUGCCACUCGCUGCACCUGGAAGAUGCCACACCGACUCUUCUCCAUGCGCUGCUGCAGAACCAGGACCGCCUCACCGCCAGGGUUGACUUUGACCAAUUCAAGAAUGCACUGAUUCUGGUUUUGUCAUCAGCCAUCGAGCCGCCUCAAGCAGAAGAGGACGUUUUACAGAAACCAGAGUCUCCAGAGAUCCAACCAAAGUUUGUGAAGGGCAGUAAACGUUACGGCCGCCGCUCCACGCCCGAGUUAGUGGAGCCUAUUUCAGACUUAUCUGAAGUUACCAAUGCGAACCCAGCGGAGGGAGAGGAUCAGGACGACAACUAUGACUCAGCCGUUCCGAGGAAACGUGAGCGCUGGAAUACUCAGGAAUCAAACACCGAGGAGUAUGAGGCAGAAGGCCAGAUGCACCUCUGGAACCCCGAUGAGCCAAGCACACCUCGGGGAUCUGUCGUUCCUCUGCCGACCUGUUUGGAGGAGAGGCUGCGUGAAGCCUGUGAGGAGCUGGACGUACCUUGGGACGGAUGUGCCGACCACACUGAGCUACUCGCUGUCUGUGAACAUCUGGGCCUGGAGGUAAAUGAGGAUUUCCUUCAGCGUCUAACUGACGGUGGAGUUAUGAACGUUCAGGAGCUUGUAUCCAGGGUGGUAAACCACAACAAACCCCCCACACCAUCUGCCUCCACACCCUACAGACAGCUGAAAAGACAUCACUCCACUCAGCCGUUUGAUGAAGGAGGCCGCAGGAUUGCCACCUCCUCUGUUUUGACCAGCACCAUCGGCAUGCGUCUCUUCUCCACCCUUGAUGAUGGUACAGGUUUCACUCCAGCUGAAUACAUUCUGGAUGCCUGGAUAGAUGAAGGCAUUGAAAACAGCACUGAGAUCCUGCAGGCUUUGAAUUUCGACCUGGACGGCAAACUGAGUCUUGGAGAUCUCACCAUGGCACUUGAAAACGAGCUGCUCGUUACUAAGAAUGGGAUUCACCAAGCGGCUCUGGCGAGCUUCAAAGCUGAGAUCAGACAUCUCCUAGAGCGCGUAGACAGGGAACUGAGAGAGAAAGAGAAAAUCCGAUCUGACCUGGAAAAAGCAGAAAAGCUGAAAACUCAGCUCGCCACCGAGGUGGACGAGCAUCACUCUGCGAUUGAGCACGCGAAUAACCUCAAGCUCAGGAAGCUUGAGCAGGAGCAAAAAGAGAAGCUCGCAGCAGUGCGAUCAGAGCUGAUGAAGGAGGUGGACCAGAUCCAGCAGCAGGCGGGCCUGCAGCGAGAGGAACUGGAGGCAGAGAUCGAGAAGAUCAGGGAUGAUGAAUCUUUUCUCCGAGACCACCUCUCCAUUUCUGUAAAGGAAAACAGGCGUCUUGAGAUGGAGCUGCUGGACAGCACAGACAAACUAGUAGAGGCUCAAAGUCAUAUUUCAAAGCUUCAGACCAAUUUGGAAAACGUAAUGAAAGAAAAGUUUGGAGACUUAGACCCUGGCAGUGCGGAGUUCUUCCUCCAAGAGGAGCGUAUUAGACAUCUCAGCAGUGGCCAUGAAGCUCAGUGCAGGGAGCUGCAGGAUCGCAUCGACGAGCUCCAGUCAGAGUUGCAAGAGUUCCACAGUCUUGGUCGAGUUCACCAGCUCUGCAACAAACCCCUGUCUGAAGAGCUGGAGAGUAAAAGUCCUGGCAUGGAGUCUGAUCCAGGCAUCGGUUCCGAGGAGGUUCAGCCGUUCAGCAUGAGCCUGGAGGCAGAGAUGAUGAUGGAGCAGCUGAAGGAGCAACACCUUCAGGAAAUGGAGGAACUGCAAAACCAAUUGGAAAGCAAGAUCAAUGAAUUUGAUAAGAUGGUAGACAAGCAGAGAUCCACUCAUGAGGACCAGAACGUCACCGUAGUUCUCCAGUACCAGCAGGAGGUCCAGGCUUUGAGGGAAGAGCUGGCCAGUGUUCAGUGCCACGCACAGGAGCUCCAGAGCCAGCUCGAGCAAGUGGAGCUGGAGCGAUGCUGCCUGGGGCGGAAGCAGGCCGAGGAGAGGGAAGAGCUUGAAAAGCUGCAAGACGAGGAAGUGGGAAACCUCAGGCAACAGCUGCUGGAGGCCCACACUUACGCCGCUGACCUGGAGGAGCAGCUGAAGAACCUUGAAGCUGAACAGUCUGAGGCAGAUGAAAACCAUCACUCUCAGAUCGAGGUUCUGAAAAAACAACAUGCUGCUGAGAUUAAGAAACUCGAGGAAGAGCACGUUGGACUUUCUAAAGCCAGACUGGAAGAGGAGAUGAAGAAAGUGCAGGAGGAAAAGGCUGAGUUGGAGAUGAGGUUGUUAGAUGAGUGUGAACGCCAGAAGGAACAGUUGCAGCUGAGCCAUGAGGUUGAACUGAGGGAGAAACUAGAGGAGGUGAGGAUGAGGUCUGAGGAGCAGCAGGGUGAGUUUGUGCAGAGAUUCACGGAGCGGUGGGAGAAGGAGAGAGCUCAGCUGGAUGAGCGGAACAAUGAGUCUCUGCAGGUGUUGCUGGAGGAGGAGAUGCUGAGACUCGUCAAGGAACAAGAAGAGAAGGACGGCAAGCUCAGAGAGCAGUGGGAGACAGAGCGAGCGCAGAUUCAGGAGCACCAUAAAGAAAUGCUGCUCGAAAGAAUUCUUGAGGAGAGAUUGCAGUUACAACAGGAGUUUGAGCAGAGGGAGAAAAAGCUAAAGGAGGAGUGGGAGAGGGAGAGACUGCAGCUGGAGGAGGAUUAUGAAGGGAUGGUCGAGGAAAGGGUGAAUGAGGAGAGGGAGAAGCUUGAGACUGAGAAAGAGGAUGUUGAGAAGAGACUAGAAAACUUAAUGGCAGAGGAGAGGGCUCUUCUAGAGGAGAGCCACCGAGAGGCCAUGACGGAGCGGACCGCAAAGCACAGCGAAGAGAGGGACGCCCUCAGCAGCAUGUUGGACAAACUACGAGAUGACAUGGUUCAGGAGAGAUCUGAGGCGUGUCGUCUUGCUGAAGAAAACCUCCUCCUCAGGCAGAAAAUCUCUGCUUUGAAGGAGGAGGACUUGAAGGAGGCCAAGGAAGAGUUGACACGAACUUUGGAACACUUGAGGAAUGAGAAGGGCGCCGCUCAGAAGGCAGCAGAACAUUUCCAGAACCAGAUUGCAGAGCUGCGUUUUCAGAGCCAACAACUUGAGGAUGAGAACGGGAUCCUGUCCGAGAGAAAUUUCCAAAACAUGGCUGAUCAGGAGACUCUACGACAGCAGCUGGCGGAGCUGAUGAAGGAGAAGAAGAGAAGGGAGGCGCUCCCUGCUGAAGAUAAAAACAAGCUGGCAGCGUGUGUGUCUUCACUGGAGGCAGAGCUGAACAAAGCUCUGGAGGACACUGCGCAGCUGGAGGAGAGGAACGCCCAGCUGUCACUGCAGCUGUCUGACCUCAGAGAGAAGGCAGUCAAGUUGGACUCUGUGGAGAAUAAGCUCAGCCAUCUACUCGAGGAGCGGAAGAGUGUGGAUAUGGAGAAUCAGGGCCUUUGCAACCAGCUCGCCAAAGCUCAGGAGAGGGUCAAGACAGUGGAUGAAACUUGUCAGGCUGUGAAUCAUCAAAGUGCUCGUCUCAAAGCCGACGUGCGAGUUUUGCAGAAGGAGAGGGAUUCCCUCAAACGUGAAGUCGCCAUCCUACACAAACAGCUGCAGAAUGCCAACGACAAAAAACAUGUUUUAGAAAUGGCCUUGCACUCCAGCGGUCUGCACAGUCCAAGUAAGAAGCUGUACAGAGACGAGAUGUCUCGGCUGAUGGAACAAGAGCAGCAGCUGCUGAGGCAGGAGAACGAGCGGCUUCAGGCUGAAGUGCGUAACAUUAAAGGAGACCUGGUGCAGUCCAGAGAGAAGGUCCGUCAGCUCGAUGCCACCAUCUUGUCCUUGAAGCAGCACAGACAUCAGAGUCAGUCGUCGCUGGUGAGGGCUUUGGAACAGGAGAACGCUUCUCUGAAGCAGGAGCUUGAGGCACAAGAGGAACAGACCAAGGGCUGUGAAGCUGGAAAAGAACACACGGAGCUGGAGAGUCUUCAGCAAGAAAACGAGGCGCUCAAAGCACAAAUGGCUCGACUGUCCACACAGCUGCUCGAGAGCUUCCAGGCUCACUUAGUCGGACUUCUGCCUCCGUCCCCUCACAGGAAUCCCAGAGGACAACAUCGAGGUGACGACCCGGACAACAUGCAGGGGCCGAUGCCGGAGCAGCGGGCGGCUCACGCAGACAGCUACCGGCGGAUCGGUGGAUUGUAACACCAGCGUCUUUCCCUGCUUAAUCCUCUCUUGCCUCCGAGACUGCUCUCCCUACUUUCUGCUCUUCUUCUGCUCUGUUCGGAGCAAAAAAAAAUCCCACUGGAGCACAAAAUGUCCGCCCUCUCUGCAUCCUUAUAGGAGAUUGUGAACAAAUGUGCCUGAUUGAAAAGGCCUGAAUGUGUAAUUGUAUUUCUUUGCUACCAGGUGGCAGGAAAACACAGGAAAGACUCCUGGUGUUCUCCCCGUGAGAUUUCCAUUAAGAUAAUGGCAUUACUGUUGAAAAUGUCGUGUUUGUAAGACAUGCCGUUGAAAAUGUAACAUCUGCGUGUAUUUUUUAAUUCUUGAUUACAGGGAGUCGUUUAAACACGGGGUACAUUUUCUGGGAAUGUUCGGUUUUUGCACUUGAAACAUUCACCAUUGUCUGAGACAGGGUUUAUUUAUGUAUCAAAUAUCCUCCGAGGUUGAAUCUAGUUCGACACUUUGCCUUACGAUCAUCGAGGCGUGUUAAUGUUGAGGCGAGGUCAUUGCCUAACAGUCCUCUGAGCCUUUUUCCAACAAUCAAGCAAUUUCAGUGUGUUACUGUCUGUGUCCAGUCAGGGUUUCUCCAGAUCUCUUAAUGAAGGUACGAGCUUCUCUCUGUUUGUCUUUUCGCUGUUUUGAUCAUGUCUGUAUUUCUUCUCUGACACCACACACGGUCGAAUGUUUCUACCUGUCGAUUUGUUAUUUUGCCGUCUGGGUCUGUGUGUUGCCGUUUGUGUUGCUGCUGCACGACCAAAGUAAAUCACAAGUUUAAGGGUUAUGUUUUCUUUUUUUCUUAAACGUGGAGCGAUCAAACACGUCACACUGCUGUUAACUUUGAAUGUUUAUCUGGUUUUUAGUGUUAGAAAGUCCACAUGAGCCAAAUCAUUGUGUUUCCCCAAUAGUGUGUCAUUACUACAUUGUGUAUCUGUUAUUGUCAUAUCUGUGUUUCGGGUUUGUGAGUGGUAGUGAAUCAUCUAUUUUUUCUUUUUUGCACCAUGUAUAGAUUCACCUGAAUUAUAUUUGAUUUAUUUUGUUAUUUAUUUUGUUUAGAAUUGUGUUCGUUAUUUUAUUUAUGCAUUAAAUUAUUUUUUUUGUAGGUAUCUGGAAUACAUUUUAUACUUAUUUAUAUUUUAUUUAUUUUUCUAGUGUAAUUAUUAUCAUCUCCAUUAGAAAUGUGAUAGAACUCAAGACAAAAUAAAGCAUCUAGUUCAAAAC